CAACUCCCGGGAGCUGUGUUUUCCCCGGAAGUGCCUUCCCUCCUCCCGGGUCCGCGCGGACGCGGUUUCCUUACCUCAUUUGUCCUCGCCCCUCCCCAUCCCUCUACGCGCUUUGGUUCCUGGUUGGUGCUUCCUGGUCGCAGCCGCGGCAGGAAGCCGGUCAGUCAGUUAAACGCGGAGGUCCUGCCUCACUGAGGGAGCCCGGCCUGUGGGGGACCGAAUAGCCCAACUCCAGUCUCUGCUGUCAGAAGCAACAGCUACAACUGUGGGGUCAGAAAAUUUUAGGGGGUUGUGCUACUUGCCCUAUGUAAAACAGGGAGAUUUGGACUGUGUGCACCAAGAUUUGCUAUAUCCCUCACAUCCUGUGAGCCCGCAGUUAACUUCCAACUUUAAAAGCUGCAGGUGCAGUGGGAGAACUGGCUGGGAAUCAGCAGGCCUCAGUUCUAGUCGUGGCUCCACCACUGAAUCGCUGGUGACUCUAGGAAUCUCAUGUUUAGGCUGAAUUUACCUCCGUUUCACAUUACAGGGUCCAGUGAGGAGAUCUUUAGGCUCAAUGAAUAAAUAAGCUUCUCAGAGAGCCCGUUUCUGUAUACAUAAAAUGAGAGCGUGCAAGUUAGUGACUGUCCAUUCCAAAGCUCUUGACUUUGUGUUUCGAAUACUUUUGCUGUAACAUACAAAGACUCUGAAAUGGGCUGUGUGUAUAUUUCAGACAGGAUUACCUUCGGGGGACAGUUCAGUAUUGUUGUUUUCCAGAAUCUGAGGGUAGGGGAUGAACUGAGGAAGACCUGGAAGUGAGGAUUAUAAAGUGGCUACAAGAGUAAGGUGCUGUGUAGUAAAAGGAAGAAGGUUUGAGAGAAAGGUGAAGGAAGUGUUUUGAGAUAGGAUUAGUUAUCAUAAAAAGACUAUGUAUACCAAGAACAGCUAGACUUGUCUGAAUAAAUUUAGCAUAACUUUCUCCCACCAAUAUCUUGUAUUGUCUCCUUUUUUUUUUUUUUUGUGAGUGUCGUUUCACAUAUUUGAAUUCUCUACCCUAGUCAGAUUUGCUUCAGAGUGAAAAUUAUAUUUGAAGAAUAGGCAGAGAUUUUCAUUCUAGACUGAACUUAAUAGUGUUUCAAAUCUGUCACUGUCAGGAUAGCUAGCAGAGUAUAUAAAUAUAAUAGAGUAUGUCAGAAAUUUUAAGUUGAAAAUCAACUAUGUCUAUUAAUCACUUUCCAGUGAACAUUGGACUUAAGGAGUAAUCUGUGAUUUGAAUGUUGAAAUGGAUACCUAUGUCAUCAAGAAGAAACAUUUAGGCUAAAAGUUCUUUGGAAGGAAAUAAGAGCAAAAGGUCUGGAAUGACCAGCUGGUAGACUGUUAGAGCAGAAAAGUAUUGGCCUCAAAAAUACUAUAGUAAAAUAUACAAGCUUAAAAUAAGCCUUAAGUUGUGUAGUUUAAAAAUUUUUAGUGAAUGAAAACUACUCCCACUUUUGAAUGGUGAGAGUCUUUGCAGUGACUCUCUAUGCCUGUUUUUUAUUUGUUAAACCAUUUUAAUUUUAUGAAUAAAUUUUAUUCUCAAACUGGGUGUUUUAGGUUUUAAGAACCAUCUUCUUUGGUCAUGGGAUUGCUGUACUCUUGAGUACCAACUUGCAAGGUUCUUGGAUGGUAAAGUGAUAAUAAAUUCACAUGUAUGCUUUUCCUUCCAAUUAAAAUGCCUCUUUCAUAGUUUUUAUACUCCACUGGGAAGUGAAAUGGAUAUUUUUGAGAUAAACUUAGGUGUUAGAACCAAUGCAAAUAUAGCUUUGAAGGAAGCUUUUUAAAAAAAUUUUUUUAUUUGAAAUUAUUUUGGAAAAGUGAAAAAAAAAAGUCUUAGUGAACACUUGGCUAAGAGUCAGGGAAAUGUGAAUCUGUCCCACCUAUGUUCUUAAUCAGCUGCAUAACCUUGGAUAGUCUUCCUUAUCUCUUUGGGCUUUAAUUUCCUUAUGUGUAAGUUGAGGAGGUUGUGUGAGAUAAUCAGGAAGGUCUCUUUGAGGCUUAAAAUUUUGUGGCCCUCAUAGGGACCUUAUGUUAUCUAGUUAAGUAUGUUUGAGAUCAUAUAUAAUGAUUAAAAGCUGAGAAAGUCUUCUAGUUCAAGAUGUGUGUGUGUAUUUAUUUAUUUAUUUCAUAUUUGUCCUGCGAGUAUAUACUUAAAAAAAAAUUAAAUGUAUUUGAAUGUGAUUAAAGUAGUACAUAAACAUAAACCAAAAUAGCCUCGGGCAAACCUUAACCCUGGCAUACAUAAGCUACAUAAAGAGCAGAGCAAGUUAUGCUGAGCACAAUUUUCAAGUACAGAAGAUACAAAAUCCUCUUAAAGGCCAUAGGGGCUAAAUUGUUAAAUUCAUUUUUCUACAUUUCAAGGAAAGAGAUAAACCCCUAGACCCAAGGAAGUCAGUUUUUAUUAUAUUUCUGUAGUUUAUUUUUGGCAUACAUUCACAGGUGUGCCCGUGGCUCUUUUCUUAAUCCCUUUCCUUUGGGAUGGUUCCAAGAGUAGUACAAAUUUGUAACUCUGUAAUUUAGCUCUUUUAAUUUUUUCUGUGCUGCACUGGAAUUACGUUAUUUAUGUUUUAUCAGUAUGGAUCCAGUGAGGAUUUUGAAGGAAGCAUAAUUCCUUUGACUUCUUUCAGAAUUAAUUUACCUAUUAAAUAAAAAGGAAAGAAUUCAUCUUUUAUUUGAAUUGCUCUGAGGCUAACAUUUCAAUAUAAACUGAUAAAUGCUAUGAACAUUAUUAUUCAGACAGCCACAUUUAACUUGUAUGACAACAACAGCAUAGCAACCUGAAGGACAGUGUAAGAAUGGAACAGGUGUAUCGUAACUUUUAGAAGAAAAAGGCAUUUAAAAGUUGGUUUCUUCCCCCCACCCCCACCUUUAUUGAGGUAUAAUUAACAAAUAGCAUUGUGUAAGUUUAAGGUGUACGAUAUCAUGAUCUGUUGUAUGAAAUAACUACCACAUUGAGAUUAAUUAACACAGCCAUCACCUCACAUAUUGUCUUCCUUUUUUUUCCACCAGUGAGAACAUUUUAAGAUCUACUCUUAGCAGAUUUCAAGAAUACAAUACUGUAUUGUUAACUCAGAAGUUAUCAUUUUUACUCCCAGCUUUGUUGAGCAUCAAGAUUACUGACUUUCCAUGAUGUUUGGUGGUUAUGAGACUAUAGAAGCAUACGAAGAUGACCUUUAUCGUGAAGAGUCCUCUAGUGAACUGAGUGUUGAUAGUGAGGUGGAAUUUCAGCUCUACAGCCAAGUUCAUUAUGCCCAAGAUCUUGAUAAUGUCGUUAAAGAGGAAGGACAUGAAGAGAAGAACUCUGGGAAUUCUGAAUCAUCCAUUAGUAAACCAAAUCAGAAGAACUUAAUUAUCCUUUCGGAUAGUGAGGUCAUCCAGCUAUCAGAUGGGUCAGAGGUCAUCACUUUGUCUGAUGAAGAUAGUAUUUACAGAUGCAAAAGAAAGAAUUUUAGAGUCCAAGCAAAAGAAAAAACCCAAGGUCCUCCUGCAUCUUUUCAUUCUAAUAAGUUGACUGAUAAGAAAUGCAAGAGGAAUAUUGAGAAGCCUAAAUCUGAAGAGCUAUCGGGUACAAUCCGAGAGGUCAUGAUUAUAGAGGUCAGUUCAAGUGAAGAGGAAGAGAGCACCAUUUCAGAAAGUGAUAACGUGGAGAACUGGAUGCUGCUGGGAUGUGAAGUUGAUGAUAAAGAUGAUGAUAUCCUUCUCAAUCUUGUGGGAUGUGAAAACUCUGUAAAUGAAGGAGAAGAUGGUGUAAAUUGGUUCAUCAGUGACAAAGAUGCUGAGGCCCAGAUAGUUAACAAUAGAUCAUCUGGAAGAUGGACCCACCGAUACUAUUCAGCCAACAAAAAUGUUACCUGUAGAAAUUGUGACAAAUGUGGCCAUUUAUCAAAAAACUGCCCCUUUCCACAAAAAGUCCGCCCCUGCUGCCUCUGCUCGGAGAGAGGACACCUCCAGUAUGCCUGCCCAGCCCGCUUUUGCUUAGGCUGUUCUUUGCCUAUGCCUUCCACUCACAGAUGUCUUGAAAGACCUUCCUGGAGAAAACGAUGUGACCGAUGUGAUAUGAUAGGCCACUAUGCUGAUGCUUGCCCAGAAAUCUGGAGGCAGUAUCACCUAACGACCAAACCUGGACCCCCCAAAAAGCCGAAGACCCCUUCUGGACAAUCGGCCUUAGUGUAUUGCUACAACUGUGGGCAAGAAGGCCAUUAUGGACACGAAUGUACAGAAAGACGAAUGUUUAACCAGACCUUUCCAACAUCUCCAUUCAUCUACUACUAUGAUGACAAAUAUGAAAUUCGGGAGAGAGAACAGAGAAUAAAACGAAAGGUGAAAGAACUCCAGAAAAAUGGGGAUUUUCCAAGGCAGUUCAAGAGACCUCACAUGGAAACAGCAGAGAAGAGGCCCCCCCAUGGCAGGAGGAAGAGCCAUGCCUCGUGGAGAAACAGCAGGUGGCCUCAAGAAAAGAAAGAAACCCAAAAAGAAGCGAGCAGGAGCCGCAAAGAGCGUGAGAAACACAGGAAGGCUGACAGGGCUCAUGAAGUGGAGGAGGACUUCCCCAGGGGCCCAAAACUCCAUUCUCCUGGCACCUUCAAGACCCAGAAGGGUCCCAAGUCCUUCCACCACUCAUCACAUUACCACAAGCCAAGAGAAGACAAGCUGCCCAGAGACGGCAAGCGGGGCAAACAGAAGAAAAAGGAGAGCUAUUUGGAGGGCGAUGGCAGUGAUAAUUUAUUUCUCAUUAAGCAGAGGAAAAAAAAGUCCAAGCUGUGAGGCAGCUUCUGAUUUGGCUUUCCAGUGUUUGUCUGGUCUUCAUGCCUGUGACAUCAUGGCAAUCUGUUUAUGAUCUAUGAUUAAAUCAAAUGAAUUUUG